AUGUGGUUAUUUAAGAGCACACCGGUGAAUGAAUUAUGCGACAAAACCGUUCAAUUCAAAAAUUCUAACGAAGAAGUUAGCAAUACAUUUAUCAAUACGCCAAUACUAAUUCAAAAAGCAGUUAAAGUAAAACAAUUUUAUAACUUGAAGGAACAUUUAGAAAGUCUUAAACAAAUACAAACAAAAAUAGGAUUAUUACACGAACAAACAAAAAAUAAAAACCAAACUCCCACAAUUCCGUAUGUAAGUUCAAACAACGAUAACGAAAAAGAUGUAUUUGAACGUCUAGAGACAUUCAAUGAAUCGAUACAAAAGAUUUCAAAAGAAGUAAAUUGAUACAGUACACCGAUAUUUUGUGAAAAACAUAUUGUAAUAACUAAUUUAUUAUUUUAAUUUUAUUGUUUUAGGUAUCUCGUCUGUCGUCAAUGAUCGAAGAACAAAAAUGUAAUGAAAAAAAGGAAAAUGAGCAAAUAUCUAAAACAAAAUCAAACGACCAUACAGUAACUUCAGACUGCUUAAAGUUAUUAGACAACAAUGUAGUACACGAAUCGAAUUUACCGCCAUCACAAAGUACUAUUAUUAAAUCUAAUAAUGAUGAAAUAAAAACAGAAGUUCAAAAGAUACCAAGUUUCAAUCCGAGUAAAAAAUCACAGAAAAAAAAAAUAUCGGGUUCAAAACUUAAAACUGAAUCCAAUACAAAAUUUGAAUCUACAAGUGUAUCCGAAAAUACGAAUACACCAAAAAUCGAUUUGAACUCGGUUAAUGNCGACGCAGAAAAACGAGAAAUGUGAAAUUUUAGAUUAUUUGUCAAAAUUAGAAAAGACAUUGAAAACAUUAAUUUCCAAUAAGUCUGUCGAACACGCACAAAACAAAUCAAAUGUUAAAAUUGAAAAUAAUAAAGAACAUGAUUUAAUUACAGAAAAUAUUAAAUUUCAAAACGAAUGUAAGAACAAUCUCGUCUGCAGUACACAACCUCAAAAAUCAAUAAAUGAAAUUCCGAUAGUAGAUCCGAGUAAUAACAAAAAUGUAUGCAAAAACACGUGCAAUAAUUUGAAUGGAUGUAAUUGCAAAUUAAUAAAGAACGAAGCUACUAACACGGAAAUCACAAGACCGUCACAGCACAUUGAUUACGUUAAAAUAUCUUUGGGUGAGUUGUUAAGUUUUUUAAAAUAUAAAGAAGAAGAAGUUAAAUCAUUAAACGUGUGUCCGAUGACAAUAGAAAAUGUACAGAAAAAUAAAUUAAACGAAAAUAACAAUAAUAGCGAUUGUCCGAAGAAGAUAAAUUCCUGUUCAAAAAAUGGUGACGUCGACAAUAACGGCAUCGCUGUUAAAUCUACAAAUACAAUGAAAUUGAACGUAUGCAAGGAAAAUGAUAUUUGCUCGUUUCUUCACUCUCAGCCGAUUCCGGAAUGGAUAACAUUAUUAAAAAAGGACGUUCAAAUCAACGUAAAGAAGGAGCAAUGUCAAGAAACAUUAAAUCAACCGGAAAAAAUCAACAAUAAUUCCCAGCAUGGUCAAAAUAUCGAUCAAUGUAAGAGAAUCAUUAAUCAAAACAAAUCAAUGAAUAUUGAUCAGCAUCAGAAAAUAACUAAUAAAUAUCCAUUACAAAAAUCUUUUAAAGUCCAGCAAACGACUGAAUUGAUCGAUCAACAUCCAAUGACAAUAGAUCAAUGCAUACAAACGAGUUUAUCACAGACUAGUAAUAAAAACCUGCAAAUGACAACUCAAAGUUUAAAGUGUCAAAAUUAUACAAACGAUAGCAAUUCUAAGGAAGCGGGAAUAUUUUAUAUUAGCAUGAACGUUUACAGACCAGAUACCUUAGUUUGGAUACCCAGACUGCCAAAAUAA